AAACCUCAUCCGGAGCAAAGCGCAAGUGACCCUCUUCUAGAUUAUUCACACACAGCUUUUUUGCAGAGAAAUUCUGGCUUAUCUUUGAACCUGUGCUUUGUGCACAAGUCAUUGAACAAGUGGACACUGUCUUGGCAGAUAACUGCCCUGCUUUCUUGGAUUCUUUGCGGCUCACUACGUUUACUCUUGGCACCAAGCCUCCCCGCAUUGAUGCUGUCAAAACAUAUCGUAACACUCAGUCAGACAUUGUGACUAUGGAUUGGAAGGUUUCGUUCACGCCAACUGAUGUUUAUGAUAUGACACCAAGAGAACAAGAAACAAAGGUCAACCCUAAAAUUAUCCUGACUAUACGCGUCGGAAAGGGUAUGCUAGGAGCUGGUAUGCCUGUCCUAGUGGAGGAUAUCAGCUUCAAAGGCUACAUGCGUGUUAAAGUCAAACUAAUGAGCAAGUUUCCACAUGCUAAACGCGUUGAACUUUGCUUUAUGGAAAAACCUGAAUUCGACUAUGUGCUCAAACCUGUAGGAGGAGAAACAUUUGGAUUUGAUAUUAACAAUAUUCCUGGUCUACAAGGCUUCAUUCGCGAUCAAGUCCACUCUAAUUUGGGUCCCAUGAUGUACUAUCCUAAUGUCUUCACUUUGGAUGUUGAAAAACUGAUGUCUGGCGAUAUGGACAUGACUUCUGCGAAUGGUGUCUUGGCCGUCACCGUGUAUUCUGCCUCCAAGAUCAAGUCCGGCGAUUUGUUUGGAGGAGGUUCCAUUGACCCAUAUGUUCGUUUCCGUAUCAAUCGCGGCCCAGACCUAGGUCGCACCAGUGUUUUGAAUAACACUGACGAACCAAACUGGAAUGAAACACACUUCUUGCUCCUCAAUAACUUAAAUGAUAGUCUAUCUAUGGACCUCUGUGGAAAGAACAAUACUACUCGGGAUCGCGACUUUGGAUCCGUAGUUUAUGCGCUCCAGAAACUCGCAGAUUCUGAAGACGCCUCGGACGAAGGAGCCAAUUUACAAGUGCUUCGUCAUGGUAAACCUAUGAGUGAACUCAAAGUCGAUCUUAGAUACCUUCCAGUGUCUAAGCCAACCAAACAAGACGAUGGAUCUAUCAUCCCAGCUGUUGAAUCAAAUUCCGGUAUCUUGCGAUUUACCAUACACGAAGUCAAAGGUUUAUCCGGUAAACCUAGUCCGUAUGCUCGUGUGCUCGUCAAUGGAACAGAAAAGAUCAAGAGUAAGCCAUUGAAGAGGAACGCCAAUCCCAAGUUUGAGAAGGUUGUUGAGGUACUGGUCAUUGAUAAGACUGAGGUACAAAUGCGCGUACAAAUCCAAGACGCAACGAGCUUUUCAUCCGAUGUUGAACUUGGUUCAUGGUCCGCAAGUUUAUUGAGUAUCUUUGACAAAAUUGAGAAGAAUGAAGGAUGGUGGGAUCUGACUCGCAAUGGCAAAAAUUGUGGCCGUCUGCGCAUUAGUGCCGAAUGGAAACCGGUGGUUAUGACUGGCUUAGCUGAAAGUCUCGGUGGCCAUGGCUAUUACUCACCGCCUAUUGGUAUUGUGCGACUUUUACUCUGGGAAGCUAGAGACCUGAAGAACGUUGAAUCUGUUGGUGGUGGAAAGUCUGAUCCAUAUGUGCGAAUCAAGUCUGGUGUUCAAAUUCGUGCAUGUACUGAAGUCGUCGAUAACAACCUGAACCCAGAAUGGGGAGCCGUUGUUUACGUACCCAUCCAUUCUGAUAAGGAAGAUCUUACUCUCGAGGUUAUGGAUUGGAAUGCAAAUAGCAAGGACAAAUCUCUCGGUAUGACAGAUCUUAGCGUCAAAGAAUUGGUUAAGAUGUGUGCUGAAGGAGAAGGCGACACUCUUCAAAAGUGGUAUGAAUCUACUGGAGCCAAAAUUGACAAAUGGGCUCCAUUGAAGUCUCUCGACCGCACUCAGGUGAAGGGAGAAAUCAAAUAUGAAGCUGAAUUCUACCCAACGCUUGCUCUAGCUAAGGAUGCUAGCAUCAAAGACAAAGAAAAUGCUGUCAAAGAAAAGGCUGAAGCCAAAGCAGAAGAGGCAGAAACCCGUGGCGAAUUAUCCGAUGUACAAGCUGAGACAGACAAGAUGAUUGCAGAGAUUGAUGCUGAAUGCCCAGAAAAAGAUUUGCAUGGCACAUACAUCAAGUAUACACCGGACGAUAUCGUCGAUUUGCGAUCCUACGAGUCUGGUGUCUUGACGGUUAAAAUCCAUGAAAUAUCAUUCGAUAAGCCAACAUUUGCUUAUGCUGAGGUGCUGAUUGAUUCUAUCCAAUCUCAAUACCGUACCACCAAACUUCGUGGUCGCAGCUUGGAGUUCAAUGAAACCACCGAUGCAUUCGUAAAAGAGUCCGACUUUAGCAAAGUCGCUAUUCAGAUCAAGCCAGGUAACGCUGACGAGAAAGACGACGAUGUCAUGGCUUAUUGGGUUGGCCAAGCCAAUGACAUUAUUCGAAAAAUUCAAUGGAGAAACCGUACCUUGCGCGACGAAGGCAAAGGCACUAGUACUGUAGAUGACGGUGAAUGGUUUUCGCUAUUUGGUGGAGACAAUACAACUGGCAAGAUUCGACUUAGCUUUAAGUUCUCGCCCGUCCUCGACUUCACUUUGGAUCCAAAGGAAAGCUUGGAGAACCAAGGCAACCUGACUGUUACUCUCAUCAGUGCCCAGUCUUUGAUGGCUGCCGACAAGUCAGGUAUGAAAUAACAGAAGCAAUUAUGUUACUUGCAUCAUGCAGCGCGCUA